GGUUGGUGGUUCAUGUAAAUUGGAGAAUAAGUUAACAAAUAAGUAUAAAGUAUUUUCCGGAAAAAGAAAAACCAAAUUGGUGGUCCUAAACAAAAAAAAAUUACAUAGAAAUCAAAUACUGUACUAUGAUCUCACUCAGACAAUAAUUUAGCUCUGGAGACUCGGGUGGUUCUAACGUGUGCAGCUGAAACCUCCGUGUCCCACGAAAACCUUACAAAAUUGAAUUGUGGUAUUACAGUAUCCAACAGCACCAUGCUGGAUUCUGCCACUCCCCAUGACAAAAUCACCACAGCAGCUUCUGGCUUCGUACUUGAGGAUGUUCCUCAUCUAUCUGCUUACAUCCCUCACCUCCAAACAUAUCCUGACCCGUUGCAAGACAAUCCUUCCUAUUCUGUUGUUGCGCAAUAUUACGUGAAUGUGGAUGAUACAAUUGCACAACAGAUAGUUGUACACAAAAAUAGUCCAAGAGGGACCCAUUUUCGUCGUGCUGGGCCUGCUCAGAAGGUAUAUUUUGAUUCAGAGGAAGUACACGCUUGUAUUGUCACGUGCGGUGGACUUUGUCCUGGUCUAAAUACAGUGAUAAGAGAAAUAGUAUGCGGCUUAUAUCAUAUGUAUGGGGUGCACAAAGUUUUGGGAAUACAGGGAGGAUAUCCAGGUUUUUAUUCUCGAAAUACAGUUCCUUUGACACCAAAGGUUGUGAAUGAUAUCCACAAACGUGGUGGAAGCAUCCUUGGGACAUCAUAUGGAGGCCAUGACACCUCAAAGAUUGUUGAUAGCAUUCAGGACCGGGGAAUUAAUCAGGUUUAUAUACUUGGAGGAUAUGGAACUCAGUAUGAAGCAGCUAUGAUUUUUGAGGAAGUUAGAAGGCGUGGCUUGAAAGUUGCAGUGGUCGGAAUUCCAAAAACUAUUGACAAUGAUAUCCCAGUUAUUGACAAAUCAAUUGGUUUCGACACUGCUGUUGAAGAGGCACAACGAGCAAUCAAUUCUGCUCAUGUGGAAGCAGAAAGCGCGGAGAAUGGAAUUGGUGUUGUAAAAUUAAUGGGGCGUUACAGUGGAUUUAUCGCCAUGUAUGCAACUCUUGCCAGCCGUGAUGUUGAUUGUUGCUUGAUUCCAGAAUCACCCUUUUACCUGGAGGGUCCAGGAGGACUGUUGGAGUUCAUUGAGAAAAGACUCAAAGAGCAAGGUCACAUGGUUAUAGUCAUAGCUGAAGGUGCAGGUCAGGAGCUUCUUUCUGGCAACCCCUCCAUUGUUAAUAAGCCAGAUGCUUCUGCAGACAAAUUAUUUCCAGAUGUUGGCCUGUGGUUGUCCCAGAAAAUUAAGGAUCACUUUGAAAAACGUCAAAAAAUGGCUAUAAAUCUGAAGUACAUAGAUCCUACUUACAUGAUCCGUGCUAUCCCAAGUAAUGCAUCUGAUAAUGUAUACUGCACCCUCCUUGCCCAAAGUGCUGUUCAUGGUGCAAUGGCAGGAUACACAGGCUUCACCGUGGGCCCAGUUAAUGGCAGAAAUUGUUACAUUCCAUUCCAUCUGAUAAACGAGGGAGAGAAGAGGGUUGUGAUAACUGAUCGGAUGUGGGCAAGGUUGCUAUCUUCAACCCAUCAGCCUUGCUUCUUGAACCCAAAAGAAAUCACAGGAGAAAGAGAGGAAAGAACGGAAAACCAAACCACAGAUGGGCAGAACCAUUCAGAAAUAGCAGACUAAACAGGGCAUAUACAGAGCACAAAUAUAACACCAAGUUAAAAUGCCUUUAAAAUGUGGUGAUCAAGUUAAAUGAUCAAAUUUAAUUAACGUAAGAUCAACUGAUUGAUCAUUGACGUUGGACAAAACCAAAUCUAGUACAUCUUUUGCAGUAUUUAAGCCACAAUGAGUAACAUCUAUAUUUACAAACUUUUGAAUUACAUCUUAAAUAUCAAAAGUGAGAUCUGCUUAAUAUCACUAGCAUCUCUUAAUUA